AUGAAGGAAUUCUCGCAUUUGGUAAUUACUGGAGACGUAACAAAUAUUUCACAUCCGGAAGAGUUUGAAUUAGCAAGAACAAUGUUGCAUGAGAAUUUUGUGGAGAAUAUGAGAAGAGGAGAAGACUUUCAUGUGGAUCGUUUGUAUGAACAUUGUACAAUCAUUCCAGGAAAUCAUGAUGCCUACAUUCCCUCAAGUGUCACAAAUAAUUAUUUUGGUUAUUAUUUUGGAAAUACCAUUGGUCUCUAUGAUGCUCUCUUAAUCUCUCAACAACAGGACAAUCUUUCUGCAGCAUUGAAUGGACAUCAAUAUCACAAUUCAAAUUUCUUUCUGGAUCAACGUGGGAAAAACCAACAUUUGAACGCUCUCAAAAAUUCCAUUUUCGAAUCAUUGUCCAUGAAUGAUUUAUUUCCAAAUGUGAAAAUUUUAUCAAACGUUCAAGAUGGAACAAAUGUAUUGAUACUCUCACUUUCAUCGAGUAUUCCACAAAAACCGUUUGUUGCUGGAGGUGUGAUUGAAAGAACACAAUUAGAAAAAGCAAGUAAGCUCAUUAAGGAAAUUGAAAUUGCCUUUCAAGAAUUAUUAUCGAAACAAAAUAAUAAUUCUUUUGGGGAGGAGAAUCAGUCUCUGUUCAAAGUGCUAUUGAUGCAUCAUCCACCAGUAGAGAGAGCUAAAAAUUCCUUCCGAGAAUAUUUGGAUGGUCUCGAUAAGAAUUCAAAACAAAGAAUUGCCGAGUUUUGUGAUUUGGAAAAGAUUGACUUGUUGUUGCAUGGUCACACACAUGUGCCCUAUUUGGGAAGAAUUGGAAGCAGUCAUGAGACGCUUGUUAUUGAUAAUGGAAGUUCCACGUAUGUGAAUGAGGAAAAACCAUUCAAAAUGGCACGAUAUCACACAUAUCGAAUUAAGGGAAGAAGUUUGAUUGGAAUUGAACAACAUGUUUGGAAUCCUGCAACAACACUUUUUGAAAGAAGAGAAUUGGAUCUGAUGUAUGACCCAAAAAAAUAUGAAAAAUCCAAACCAUCUCCACCUCACUCUCCCUCUUUAAACACUUCUCAUCCAUCCUCUUCUCAACAAGAACAACAAUCACUCGAGCUUCUGCCAUUGACUUCAAGUUCUUUCAAUUACAUCGAUCUCGACAAGAUUGAAGAUGAUUUAAUUUGUCCCAUUUGUCAAUUCCCAUAUUAUGAACCAGUCGUUCAUGCUCAAUGUGGAAAUACGUUUUGCAGUGCAUGUGCAGAUCCUUUGAAACCAUGUCCCAUGUGUCGCGAAGUAUUUUGUCCAAUGUGUAAGAAUGCUGUAAAUCGAGGUGAACUGAAGGAUCAUCAAGAGAAAUAUUGUCCUCUUCAUGAAGCGUAUCAAGUGGAAGAACAGAAAAAUCGUUUGGAUCAACAAUUUGAAGAGAAAAGUGCCAAGUUGGAGGAACGACUGAAAAAAUUGAAUAUUGAAAAUUCUCUCUAUUUAGAACAAGCUGAAAAUGCAUUGAAACAAAAAGAGAAGGAAAGGAUGAAACAAUUUGAGGAACGAGAAAAACAAUUUGAAUUGGAAAGAAAAAAUUUCAACAAGAAAAACUAUCUCGUUAAAAAUUGGAAAAUUCAAACAAACCCAUUCAUUUGA